AAAAUAGCAGCGCUGUGUUGUGUGCGCCACCAGCGCACUGGGAUAUCACCUUGUGAGGACGGGCUGAAACACAUUGCUUCUUGUCCUGAUCCACAAACAGACCGUAAAGAUGCUACUCAUAACAGCGUGGACAAUGGUGGUGGCAGUGAUGUGGUCCACUGUCUGUGGUACUGACGUGACUCUGGACGAACGCUGGGUGGAGUUUAAGGAAGGGUACGAUCGGAUGUACACGAGAGAAGCCGAGGCAGCCAGGCGUGCUAUAUGGGAGAGAAAGGUGAAGGACAUUGAGAGGCACAAGGAGGCGGACCACGGACUACAGACCUACUGGAUGCAGGAGACUCAGUGGGAUGACAUGACGUACGAGGAGUAUGUUGCCUACCACCGCGGCGAAGACAUCGACGACAACACCAUGCACAGAGCCAAGAGAGCGAACAGAAACGGCACAGGGGAUUGCUUCAAAGACGAAGUAUGGACAGCCUCGCCAAACCCGUACACCUUCAAUACCUCGGACGGUUUACCAGAGAAUGUCGACUGGUCCAAGAAAGGCUAUGUGACAAGUGUUAAGAAUCAGGGGAGAUGUGGAUCGUGUUGGGCAUUUAGCGCAGUUGGGGCGCUGGAGGGCCAGCAGUACAAGAAGAACAAGAAGUCUGUUGAUCUAUCCCCCCAGGAUCUUGUUGACUGCUCUUCAGCUGAAGGUCAGUUCAGACUGGUCAUUUAGGAUGGCCAGGAUAAUAUAUUUCAUUCAUUCAUUCAUCAUUAUCCAAAUGAAAUGAAUGUUUGGCUUGACCACUACCAAUAAGUCGAAAUCGUCUUUAAAUAUGUA